GGACGCUGUUGUGUGGUUGCCUUGAAAAAAAAAUCAACUUUAUUGUUCCUCAGCCCCACCUCCCGGCGGCGCGCCUCCUCAGGAUGCAUUGAGGCUGUGGCGGGGGAGGCGGCGGCGGCUGGCGGUCGCGGUCCCUCUCCUCCGAGCGCCCGGCCGGAGGGGAGGGAGUCACGAUGUCUGGGAGCCGCCAGGCCGGGUCGGGCUCCGCCGGGACCAGCCCUGGCUCCUCGGCGGCCUCCUCGGUGACUUCCGCCUCCUCGUCCUUAUCCUCCUCCCCGUCGCCGCCUUCCGUGGCGGCCUCGGCGGCGGCGCUGGGGUCCGGCGGGGCGGCGCAGGCCGCGGGCUCGGGCGGCCUCGGGGGCCCGGCGCGGCCUGUGUUGGUGGCGGCCGCCGUUUCUGGCAGCGGCAGCGGCGGCGGCGGCGGCGGCGGGGCGGUGUCGGCGGGCCUGUCCCGGCUCAGCUGCGCGGCCAGGCCCAGCGCCGGCGUCGGAGGGAGCAGCUCCAGCCUGGGCAGCGGCAGCAGGAAGCGCCCUCUGCUCGCCCCGCUCUGCAACGGGCUCAUCAACUCCUACGAGGACAAAAGCAACGACUUCGUCUGCCCUAUCUGCUUUGAUAUGAUUGAGGAAGCAUACAUGACGAAAUGUGGCCACAGCUUUUGCUACAAGUGUAUUCAUCAGAGUUUGGAGGAUAAUAAUAGAUGUCCCAAGUGUAACUAUGUUGUGGAUAAUAUUGACCAUCUGUAUCCUAAUUUCUUGGUGAAUGAGCUCAUUCUCAAACAGAAACAAAGAUUUGAGGAAAAGAGGUUCAAAUUGGACCACUCAGUGAGUAGCACCAAUGGCCAUAGGUGGCAAAUACUUCAGGAUUUGUUGGGAACUGACCAAGAUAACCUUGAUUUGGCCAAUGUCAACCUCAUGUUGGAGUUACUAGUGCAGAAGAAGAAACAACUGGAAGCAGAAUCACAUGCAGCCCAACUACAGAUCCUUAUGGAAUUCCUCAAGGUUGCAAGAAGAAAUAAGAGAGAGCAGCUGGAACAAAUCCAGAAGGAGCUAAGUGUCUUGGAAGAGGAUAUUAAAAGAGUGGAAGAAAUGAGUGGCUUAUACUCUCCUGUCAGUGAGGAUAGCACAGUGCCUCAAUUUGAAGCUCCUUCUCCAUCACACAGUAGUAUUAUUGACUCUACAGAAUACAGCCAACCUCCAGGUUUCAGUGGCAGUUCUCAGACAAAGAAACAGCCUUGGUAUAACAGCACAUUAGCAUCAAGACGAAAACGACUCACUGCUCAUUUUGAAGACUUAGAGCAAUGUUACUUUUCUACAAGGAUGUCUCGUAUCUCAGAUGACAGUCGAACUGCAAGCCAGUUGGAUGAAUUUCAGGAAUGCUUGUCCAAGUUUACUCGAUAUAAUUCAGUACGACCUUUGGCUACAUUGUCAUAUGCUAGUGAUCUCUAUAAUGGUUCCAGCAUAGUCUCUAGUAUUGAAUUUGAUCGGGAUUGUGACUAUUUUGCAAUUGCUGGGGUUACAAAGAAGAUUAAAGUCUAUGAAUAUGGCACAGUCAUUCAAGAUGCAGUGGAUAUUCAUUACCCUGAAAAUGAAAUGACCUGCAAUUCCAAAAUCAGCUGUAUCAGUUGGAGUAGUUACCAUAAGAACCUGUUAGCCAGCAGUGAUUAUGAAGGCACCGUCAUCCUAUGGGAUGGAUUCACAGGACAGAGGUCAAAGGUCUAUCAGGAGCAUGAGAAGAGGUGUUGGAGUGUUGACUUUAAUUUGAUGGAUCCUAAACUCUUGGCUUCAGGUUCUGAUGAUGCAAAAGUGAAGCUGUGGUCUACCAACUUAGACAACUCAGUGGCAAGCAUUGAGGCGAAGGCUAACGUGUGCUGUGUUAAAUUCAGCCCCUCUUCCAGGUACCAUUUGGCUUUCGGCUGUGCAGAUCACUGUGUCCACUACUAUGAUCUUCGUAACACUAAGCAGCCAAUCAUGGUGUUCAAAGGACACCGAAAAGCAGUCUCCUAUGCAAAGUUUGUGAGUGGGGAGGAAAUCGUCUCUGCCUCAACAGACAGCCAACUAAAGCUGUGGAAUGUAGGGAAACCAUACUGUCUACGUUCCUUCAAGGGUCACAUCAAUGAAAAAAACUUUGUAGGCCUCGCUUCCAAUGGAGAUUAUAUAGCUUGUGGAAGCGAGAACAACUCUCUUUACCUGUACUAUAAAGGACUUUCUAAGACUUUGCUAACUUUUAAGUUUGAUACGGUCAAAAGUGUUCUGGACAAAGACCGAAAAGAAGAUGAUACAAAUGAAUUUGUUAGUGCCGUGUGUUGGAGGGCACUGCCAGAUGGGGAUGAUUCAUGUUUCUUAUGUCUUCUUGAUCGAUUUUGGUAAGUUUUUUAUAGGAAUUUUUCCACUUGGUUUAAAUAUUCAAAUUCAUUAAUGUAAAAUCUUUUUUUGUUUCCAUUUUUUCUGUAAAAUUAUUCAAUAUUCUUAUUCUGAGAGAAGUAGAAGUCAGUUUAAUACAAACUUAACAUUUGGAAAAAGAAACUAAGGAAAGGGGUAUAUUCUGAGUUUAUUUAAUAGGUUUAUAUUACUUCUGGUUAAGAAAAAUGUUGUUUAUCAUCAUGGGUACCAAGGCUUACACAUAAAACCAUCCUUAUUUUAUGGGAGCCUCUGGUCCAUGAACUUGAUAUAUCUGUCAAUUUAUUUAGAUUUUAUUUAAUAUCUCUCAGCAUUGUUUUAGAAUUUUCAGUGUGCAGGUCUUACUUAUAUUUUAGGUUUGUCUCUAAUUGGUUCAUGUUUUUGCUGCUAUUAUAAAUGAUUGUUUAAAAAAUUCCGUUUGCUAAUUAUUCGUUCCUGACUUAUAGAAAUAUAUCGUCUUUGAUAUAGUGACUUUGUAUCUGACAACCCUGCUAGCUCCAUUUAUUCUAGUAGCUUUUUUUAAGAUUUGUUAAGAUUUUCAACUUAAGCAAUCAUGUCAUUUACAAAUAAAUACAAUUUUACUUUUCAUUUCUGAUCUGUAUGCUUUUUCUUUCUUUUCCUUGACUGUUGCACUGGGUACGACCUCUAAUAACAGCCUUAAAUAGAAGUGGUGAAAGCAAGCAUCCUCCCCUUGCUCCUAGUCUGAGAAGAAAGAGUUCAACAUUUCACUGUUAAGUAUAACAUUAGCUGGAAGUUUUUCAUAGGUGUUCCUUAUCACCUCGAGGAAAUUUCUCUCUCUUCUUAGUUUGCUGAGAGUUUUUAUUAUGAAUAGGUAUUGAAUUCUAUCCGUUGCAUUUUCUGUGUUGAUUGUGAUUACAUGAUUUUUCUCUUCUUUUCUGCUAAGGCGGUGAAUUGCAUUCAUUAUUUUUUCUUUAAUCUGGAUAAAUUCCAUUUGGGCAUGAUGCAUUAUUCUUUUUCAAUAUCACUGAAAUCUGUUACUGGUAUUUUGUUGAGUUUUGACAUCUGUUUAUGAAGGCAAUUAGUCUGUAAUUUUUUAAAUAAUGUCUUUCUCUAGCUUUGUUUGACUUAUAAACUGCAUUUGGAAGUGUUCCUUCUCUAUUUUCUGACUUACUUUCUUCUGUCAUCUUUAGGAAUUUGCAUCUUUCAUACAAUUUAUUCAUUAUCUGUCAAUUUUAUUAGCAUAAAGUUGUUUAUAUUAGUUCUCUAUCUUUUUAAUAUCCGUUGAUGUCUAGUGAUAUCCCCUCAUUCAUUCUGAUAUUGUUAACGUAUACUUUCUCUCUGUUUUUGUGGAGAUAUAUCAAUUUUGUUUCAAGAAUUAGUUUGGUUUUCGUGUUUUUAUUUUUUUGAUUUCUACUCUUUAUUACUACCAUGUUUAUACUUAUGCCGUGUGUACUUUGCUUUAUUCCUAGCUUCUUAAGCUGAAAGUUAUUGCAUCAUUGAUGUUAAACCUUUUUGCUUCACUAAUAUAAGCAUUUAGAGAUAUAAUUUUCUAUCUAAACACUGUUAUAGCUGCAUUAUACAAAUUUUAAUAUGUUUUCACUAUCUUUUAGUUCAGUAUAGUUUCUCAUUUCCCUGUGAGUUCUUAUUUGAGCCCUGGGUUAUUUAAGAGUGUGUUUUUUAGUUUCCAAAUAUUUGGGGAUUUUUCCAGGUGUCUUGUUGUUGUUUUCUACUUUGCUUCUGUUUGGUCAGAAAACAUACUUGUAUAAUUUCAGUCUUUAAAUCUAUUGAAGUUUGUUUAAUGAUCUGGCACAUGCUUCUCUUGCUGAAUAGUUCAGAUGUCCUUGAAAAUAAUGCAUAUUUUUGCCCCUUAAGUAAUAUGUUAUGUAAAUAUUAAUUUGCUUAAUUUGUUUUUGAUAGUAUUAUUCAAGUCUUUUAUAUCUUUAUUGAUUUUCUGUCUACUUAACUUUGGGACUUAUCUGUUCCAUUCAGUUCUGUCAGUAUUUGCUUCGUGUAUUUUGAUGCUCUGAUUUAGAUAAAUAUGCAUUUAGGAUUUUUUUAAAAAAUAAGUUGACCCUUAUUUAAUUAUAAAAUGUCUCUCUUUAUCCCUGGUCAUAUUCCCUGUCCUGAAGUCUACUUUUUCUAUAUUAGUAGAGCCAUCCCAGCUUUCUUAAGAUUAAUGUUUGCAUGAUAUAUUUUUCUUCUCCUUUUAC